AUGCCUAACAUUGAGGUCAUAAUACGACUAGAUGCCAAGAAGCAAUAUUGGCUGCAUGCCAUUGUCGACGCUGUUACGUGCUGGACACAUCUUAACCCGAACCGCCAGACCGGAAAGCUGGAGAGGGAGCAGCAACCGCUCACGAAGAAGCUCAAGUUGCUCCUGCUGUUCAACCCGAUCACGGAAUGGCUUGACACGACUCACGCCAUGCGCUUGCACAUUCACCGCAGAACUGAGCGGAGCGGAGUUCAGGAAUCGUCCCCGAAAUCGAGGAAGCAAAUCCGGAGCUUUGUGGAGUCAUACGGCAUUAAGAUGGAGGAUUUCGAUCCCUCCGACAUCAGCGAGUACAGCAGCUUCGAGGCCUUCUUUACUAGGAAGCACAAGACCGGUUCACGUCCUAUAUUUGAGAAAGAUGACAUGUCAGCAGCCGUGGUCGUGGCGGACAGCCGCGUCGUGGCAUUCCCGUCGGUCGCGGCCAGCAAGCGUCUUUGGAUCAAGGGAUCCGACUUUAGCGUAACCGAGCUGGUCAUGGACACGCAACUGGGCGCGGCAUUCGAGGACGGCGCCAUUGCUAGCUUCAGGUUGUCGCCGCAGGACUAUCACCGCUAUCACAGCCCCGUCAGCGGCCGAGUCAAGUUGUUCCGGAGCGUGCCGGGAGACUACUACCAGGUCGACCCGGUCGCGCUGCGAAGCGACGUCAACAUUUUGACGCAGAACCGGAGAAGUUACGUAGUGAUUGAGACGGCAGAAUUCGGAGACGUCUUGUUUGUUGCCAUUGGUGCGACGGACGUGGGUAGCGUCCAAUUUCGGGAGACGUGGAAAGAAAAGGGCAGUCAGAUUCAAAAGGGAGAGGAAAUCGGUGUUUUCCAGUAUGGAGGCUCUUCUAUUAUUGUUGGCUUUCAAAACGGACGAAUACAGUUUGACGACGAUCUCCUGGAGCUCAGUCAAGCGCAAAUCCAGGUUUCUGUAGAAGUGGGAAUGAGCCUUGGACAUGCUGUGAAACUUUGA